AAAAAAAACUACAGAUGUUGCUCUGUGGUCAUGAAUCAUACUUAUCCACAUAUUAUUUGCAUAUUUCUCUAAUGAAUAACAAAGAGAGAUUGUUGUUAUCAAAAGGGACACUAGAUUGUGUGGUUGGUUGAUAAGCAUGAAUCAUGACCCUUUGUACAAGCAAAAACCGGAUUACGAUUUGUAAGAUGAUAUGAAUCACCAACCAAUGUGGCUAAUGAAUUUGGUAUUAUCCAUGUCUGAGAAAUAAAUAAAGAUUUGGGAUAUAUAUGUAGAUCAGAUCAGAGUUAUGACAUCUGGUUUAUCAUAUAAUAAUAUUUUUUUUGAAAGGGCAAGUAAAAAUAGUAUCAAAAAGGGGUAAAUAGAAACAAAAAUAAAUUUUUGAGCGGUGACUCGGCCGACUUCGCACGGGCUUUUAAUGUUUGGGCCGAUGGCCUGGUUAAUGAGUCCGUUUGUUGUCUUUUGACUUUUGGACCUCUGCCCUUUUGAUUAUGUAGUUGGGCUUUGGGCUGUGUAUUCUGGGCUUGGCCCAUUUUAUCAAUUAAAAAAAAAAUCUAUUGACGAAAAAAAAAAAGAAACAAAAAUAAAUCAAGGGCCAAAAAGAAAAAUUGAGUCCCAAGUCCGGACAAGUCAAAAGACAUCCAGAACCAUUGCGAGGAGUCUUUGUUACCUUGUCCUAAACCAGACCAGUCCACGCGCAAAUAUACAAAACACAGUGAAUGUUUGUUUAUAAACAAACCCAUUCGAUCUCCAAGUUCAGAGAUUUGGGAUUCGAUGAAUAGUGGCAACACCUUAUCGAAGCUAGCUCUUUAUUUCUCCUCUUCCGAGGCUUUUCUCCGGCGUGGUGAUGGAGUCUUUUGUUGUUGCUGGGCCACUGUAUCCGCACUUGUCUUCAUUUUCCUCUGCCAAAUCUUCCGGAAAGUUCGAUUCUUUAGUCAUUCUUCGUCUUCCCCUGCCGUAUCAGCUUCUCAAUCUCUCAGCUCCCAAUCAGGAAUAUCUACACUUGUUUCUGAUGAAGACCUGAAAGUACUGAUUGAAAAACUUGGGGAGAGAGAUGGAGAUGCUGAGAUUUGGGAAGACAUCAUUCACAAAAGCAACCCUACUCGCGUCUCGUACACUGCCAAAUGCUGCAAACCAAAAGACGGUGGUCCCAUGAAGUACUUAAGUACCACGGUGUUUGAGGACUGCUCUCCAGAGGCUUUGAGGGACUUUUACAUGGACAACGAGUACAGGAAACAGUGGGAUAAGACCGUGGUCGAGCACGAGCAGUUGCAGGUUGACAGUAGCAGCGGAAUUGAGAUUGGUCGGACGAUCAAGAAGUUUCCUUUCUUGACACCAAGGGAGUAUGUAUUAGCUUGGAGAUUGUGGGAGGGGAUGAAUGAUAAGUUCUAUUGUUUCAUCAAGGAUUGUGAUCACAGUAUGGUGCCGCAACAGAGGAAGUAUGUACGUGUGAGUUAUUUCAGAUCUGGUUGGCGAAUUAGGAAAGUUCCAGGUAGGAAUGCAUGUGAGAUACACAUGUUCCACCAGGAAGAUGCUGGAUUAAAUGUUGAGAUGGCUAAGCUUGCUUUCUCAAAAGGCAUUUGGAGUUACGUUUGUAAGAUGGAAAACGCGCUUCGUAAGUACAUUGCAACCGGUCAUAGACCCCAAGGGCCCACUGUAUCUGCUGUCAGCUUAAUGAAAAAGAUUCCAUCAGAGUUAGAGAAUGAGACAGAUGACAUCACAAACUCCUUGGGAACGAUGCACAGAGGUGAAGGAGCCAAACGGAAGAAUCUGUUGAGAAAGCCUUCAAAGAAACAGAUAGCAAACGGUCUGUUGCUCGUGGGCGGUGCAGUUGGUGGUGCGGUUUGCCUCUCUCGUGGUCACUCCGCCUCCUUAGGUGCAAAGGUUGCCCUGGCUUACUUCUUGACAAAGCUGAGCAACCGUGGAGCUCCGCUUAGUCAGACUUCCCAGAACGCUGGUAUCUAAGUCAUGUAUGUAUUUUGUUUGAUGAAGCAUCUCUGAUUCCUGAGCUUGUGUGAUAGAGAAGUUGUCUGAAAAAGUGGUUGAUGUGUAUGUACUGUCAUAGAAAAGUUAUAUUUUGGGAUGGCUCUGAACCACAUGAGCUCUUAGUCUUCAAAGUUUUGUAUACCUCUCUUGGAAUGACAUUACAUGUAUGUUAACUUGAAUGUAUAUAUAUUCAGACAAGCC